GUGUUUCCUCCCCAUUGCCCACUCUUCAGUGCUCCCCCCACUUCGCCGGCGGCGGGAGGAGUCGUCUCAUCGCCGGUGCCUCCCCCGCCGCCGCCGCCGACGCUGCUACCGUCACCAACUUAGCAGAGGCGCCGGCCAUGGGGCACGGGGUGAGCUGCGCGCGCACCGGCGACGAGCACGACUUCUUCCGCGCGGCGCAGCUCGGGGACCUCGACGCCCUGGCCGCGCUCCUCGACGCCGACGCCUCCCUCGCCCGCCGCGCCACCCUCUACGACCGCCUCUCUCCGCUCCACAUCGCCGCCGCCAAUGGCCACCUCGAGGUGCUCUCCAUGUUCUUGGAUCGCGGGGCGCGGCCGGACGCGGUGGAUCGGCACAAGCAGACUCCGCUGAUGCUCGCCGCCACGCACGGCAACAUCGGCUGCGCGCUCAAGCUCCUCCAGGCCGGCGCAAAUAUCUUGAUGUUUGAUUCGGUGAACGCGCGGACCUGCCUCCACCACGCGGCGUACUACGGCCACGUCGACUGCCUGGAGGCCAUCCUCUCCGCCGCGCGGACCACGCCGGUGGCCGAUUCGUGGGGUUUCGCCCGGUUCGUCAACGUCAGGGACGACUAUGGAGCCACGCCGCUGCAUCUCGCAGCCAGGCAGGGGCGGCCGGAGUGCUUGCAGGUGCUGCUGGAGAAGGGCGCCAUUGUGUCUGCUUUGACAGGAUCAUACGGCUUCCCUGGUAGCACUUCAUUGCAUCUGGCCGCUCGAAGUGGGAGCUUGGACUGCAUCCGGAAGCUGCUUGCCUGGGGAGCUGAUCGGCUCCAAAGGGACUCGGCCGGGAGAAUUCCCUAUGCCGUUGCGCUGAAGCGCAACCAUGGGGCCUGUGCAGCUUUGCUAAACCCUUCUUCGGCAGAGCCCAUGGUUUGGCCUUCCCCUCUUAAGUUCAUCAGCGAGCUUGAUCCGGAAGCAAAGGCUCUCCUGGAAGCAGCCCUCAAGGAAGCCAACAGGGAGAGGGAGAAAAAUAUCUUGAAGGGCACAAAAUAUUCCAUGUCAUCCCCUACACGUCACGAUGAUAUCAUCGAUGAUGAAGACGCAUGCUCGGAGGUGAGCGACACCGAGCUGUGCUGCAUCUGCUUCGACCAGUCCUGCACCAUAGAGGUACAAGACUGCGGGCACCAAAUGUGCGCCCCGUGCACACUUGCGCUCUGCUGCCACAACAAGCCCAACCCGACGACCCUGACCCUGCCCUCACCGGCCUGCCCAUUCUGCCGUGGCAGCAUCUCCCAACUGGUGGUGGCCCGGACCAGGACACCCAGCGACCCCGACAAGCCAGCCUCCCCGACCUCCCCGCAGCUCACCCAAAGGCAGUCUCGACGCUCUCGCAACCUCAGCGAGGGGAGCGGCAGCUUCAAAGGGCUGUCCUCGGCCAUCUCGAAGAUCGCCCGUGGCUCGAGCCGGAUGGCCGGCAGCGACUGCGGUGACAUGGACAAGCCCGAGCAUGAUCCGUGAAGCAGAACGAGUGGACAUCAACCUUAAGAUCAAAUCUUCAAAAGCACUCCAGCUUCUGAAAACCCCACAUGAAAAACAAAAUCCAAUACCUGUUUAGGGUACUAUCAGGGCGUGAUCCAUGGAAGGCAGCCAUAGCCUCAUGGGUAGGAGAACUAAAUAAGUUUAUCCUCCAUUUCCAUCUAUAUAUAUCCUUUCCUUCUGCCCUAGUACAUUUUUGGAAUCUCCAGACUAAGUUUAGCAAUGCAUAUAUAGAGCUGAGCUCUGGUAAUGAAAGAACAACCAGUGAAGAGCUAUUCAUCAUUCAUUUUUGGUGUC